AUGCACAUUCCAAAUACGAAUACAAAUCACUUCGAUAUAACAGCUUCGGCCCUGAAAAAACGGAAAAGAGAUGUGGUUGGCGGACCAUGGACACAGGAAGACAAUAAUUUACAGGGGAAUCUACAAUGCCAAUUCGAGAUCCAAGACAUAAACAUGCUCGCACCGGCAACAAUCUCGACGUCCAUAUCACAGCGUCAAUGGCUCCAUCUGCAGUCCGCGCCGGGUACCAAGUUAGCAUUCGGGCCAGGAGGAGAUAUGGCAAAAAAACGGAGGAUUUUACAACCUCAUUCCCAUAAUCAGCAGCAACAUCUUCGACCGCACUCGGGGAUCUCAGUUACGCCAGUUGAUGGCCAUUCACGAAAACCACCUCCACCAACUCUAAUGAUACCCUUUUUCGAUCGUCAACAAAAUACUGGAAUCCCGACGUCGUCUUUAUCGGUCGCUGAUCCGUACGAUGAUGAUGCCAUUUCGCCCCGGACGAUGCCUCCUACCACCACAAACACAAUCACGAAUGCGAAAUUGGUGCUACGACCUUGUCAUGUCUGUCACCGCAAACCAUCUACAAAAGUCAUGCUGGACGCAUACGCGGAUUGCGAAUUAUGCGGGCAACGGGCUUGUUAUAUCUGUUUAAGGGAAUGCAAUGCCUUGAACUGUGCCCAGCGUCAACCCACGACGUUGGAUGAGUGCUUCGAUACGGAGAUGCGGUCUUUUGAUGGACAUGAGGUUGAAGGACGGCCGAGAAAAGUCUGCUCGUUGUGUGCGAUUGAAGGCUUGACGGACACGGGGCAGGAGAUUGUUUGGUGCGUGGACUGUGUUAGGAGGCAGGGUGUCAACCACUGA